CAGUUUGAGAAACAAAGAUGGCGGAAGAGGCGAAAACACUACAAUGCAUUUCCGGAUAACAUGCUUCAUGGAUGGUGUGAGUCUUUUGAGAAUCAACUCAAAUCUUGAGAUAUGAAGCAGGCAGUCGAAUUUGAGGAGUGUCUUAAGGAUUCUCCCCGUUUUAGGUAAGAAAUGCGUUGUCAUGUUGGGAUUGUGUGACCCGACUGAGAGAUUUCUAGUAUGGGAGCGAGGAGUUCGUAGCCAAGGUUUUAACUUUAAAAAAUUUUUCUACCUUGUUUUAACGCGGUAUAGCGUCGGUCAGUGAAAUAAUUGUUUCUAUUAGUUAACCUGUAGACUAACUCCAGGGUGUGAAAUUUGAAGAAAACGAAAGCCCGAAAUCUGAUACCACGAAAAUGUCAUUUACUCGAACAUUUGUAAAUUUUCUUGAUUAUUCUCAAAGUUGGUGUUCAAAGGCCUCUUUCAUUGAAUGCUAAAUUAUUUUGUGAUAUAUUUAACUUCUAUUGAAGUGCUUAUUUUAUUAUUUUCUCAUACAAACAAGAGUACAAGCAUGUUUGGUCGAAAAGUUGCAGAGAUUUGAAAGCACGUAGAUGUAGCAUUCAAAUUUUGCGCACCCAGAGCAAAGGUUGAAAAUUUUAAAGCUUACUUCUAAAAGCCAAAUCUGAUCACUUGCUUAGCGCGUCGGGCUUGGAUUAAAUAGAUUUAAAAGUCAUACGAUUUUGCAAAUAAAACACCUCAAACAGUGUUACGCUGUUUGAAACAUUCUAUUUUGUCUGCUAACAAUAAGUUAAGCUUACAAAUAUAAUCCAGCUGCGAGGUUCUUGACUGUGUUAAACAUGUGAGUCAUUGAGAUUUGCUCUGCGACAGCUUUUAAGUUUCUCCUCACUUCUAAUAAACGCUUUUGGUUUAUUUUGUAUCCUCAGUUGAACAACUUUCAAAAUUUGAAUUUCUUUUUUCCUUUAUUUUUUUAGCAUUAAUACAAGAUGCUUGUUAGUUUCAGUGUACUAAGCAUUUUAUCAAUUAUUUAUUAGUAAUAUUGUCUCUUCAUAAUUACAGUGGAUAAAAGCCAUUGGCUUCAUUAUUUUCAAUAAAAAAUAAAACAUCGUUUUUAUUUUUGUCUUUGACAUAUAACUUCCAAGUGCAUACCAUAUAUGAUUUUGUCAAGAUUUGCAUACAAACCACUUCAUAAGAAUGAUAGUAAUAAUGAAUGUCACAUUGUUGCUAAGACAUUCUGUUGCUUAACACCACCAGUCUGCUUCAAUGAGGAAGCAUAUGCAAAUUAACAUGAUUUAUAUUAAACUUAUUUAAAUUUUUGUUUUGUUGAGACUUUGCCCCCCAUUUCUGGCAUUUUAUAAACUACAACAUGACCACCUUAAAAUAUCAAAAGUGUCAGCACACCUCCCUAGAAGCGAACUGAUCUUAUUAGAGAUCUAGGGGAGGUUCAGCGGUUUUGUCAAAUGUCCUUAAUCUCAAACCUCCAACAAACCUUAGCAGUUUCAACACAGCAGAUGUUUUUUCACAUGAAGCGAAAUACAAUAAUUCAGGCGAGGUCAAACACGUGGCAAUAGGGACUUAAAGAUCCAAUGACCCAGACGGUAACAAGAACUUGAAAAAAACAAUAGGUUUUAUAAGCAAAACAACAACUUUGCAUAUGUAUCACACUUAGUUGUACAUUUCUUUGCCUGUUUUUGCACAACUAUGACGAGAAAAUGCCUAAUUUUGCAUUUUAUGGAGUACUUAAACAAGCAACAACAAAAUUUAUGUCUCUUUCUGAACCCGAAUGUGGUCCCUUGGAAUUCAACUUCAGGAGGGUUUGCCUGCAUUUGAAAAAGUAAGUGGGUAGGAAUAAUUUGCGAUAAAGACUGAAAUAACGCUUUUUAGGCGAUGUUCUCGGAGGGGUAGCGUUGUUGGAUCUUAAAGUCCCUAAUGUUGGGCAGCAGUCUCCAUCAAUAAGCAUAUCUGGGUUGGUCUACGGGCUGUAGGGCUCUUGGAAUUUUAAAAUGCUGUUGCUGAGGCCAUUCAUUUCACUAAAGUUGCCUUGGCCUGCAGUCCUUUUUAGCUAUUUUUGCUCCCAGCCCUCCCUCUGGUUAUGUUUUGGUAACUAACUCCACUGAGGUUUUCAGUGUGACGGAACCCGACCUGCUUGUUGCUCAGAGGGUCAUCAUGGUUACCUUCUGCUCUUGCUUGUGACCCCUUCAGUUUGUCCAGGCAGCUUUCCCACCUCCAUCAACUGGAGAUGUUGUCAAACUUUCACUCACAGUUGUACAGCAUAUAUUAUUGUGCAGUCAACUCUUGCCUUAUGGACACCUCGCUAUAACGAACACCCCACUAGAACAGACAGCAGCUAAAUCCCCGGCAAAAACAAAUUACAGACGUGUGACUGAAGUAAACUCUCGCUAAUGAGGAUACUAACUCAAGGUCUCUACGGUGUCCGCUAUAAAGGGAGUUGACUGUAGUCCAAUUACCGGGUAGAAUAGAGUACUGUGUUGACCAGUUAUGACUUCCAAGACUUCCCUGUUCUCUCUAUAAACCUUUUAAUCCUUCCUUCUGGUUCAUAUAUUAAUCUGUACAUGUACUGAUACAAAGACAAACAUAUAUACAUGUAGUUAUAGUGGAUCUACAUGAUCCUAUAAACUUUACACCAAGAAGCCAUCUUCAGUCAUUCUGUUGAGAGUUACUGGUAUUUUGUCAUUGUUUGCAAUCAUCCAUGUAACUUGUGCCACGUUCAUUAAUUUUUAUAGGUUACAGGUUGAUCAAAAUGAACAUGACAUAAAUGUUUUAGAGGGAGCUUUGGAAAAGGUGAGCUCUUUGAAGACAUAAUAUUUUCAUGGUUUACAGAGAAUUUACACAAAAAAAUCUAACUAUGACUCUUAAGAUUUGAAUCGUACUUGGGAGUCAUUUUGACUGUGGUACAUUUUCCUCCAGCCAAUUCUUUUUAUACCUUUAUCUUGGCUUUCACUUUAAUUUCAAUUUGCUGGCCAGGGUACAUUAAUACAACAAGUAGGAAGGGGAUAAAGUAGCUAAGGAGUUUUUAAUUUUAAUGAAUUUUUUUUAUGAAAGUAGCUUGGGGUCUCCUUCAUAUGUAGUAACUACAGGGCUCGAAAAGUUCCACCAGUAGUCUGGGGCAAGUAUAUUUUCUUGCUGGGCAGGUAACUUUUAAACUUACUUGCCACUGGGCCUCUAACAAAAGUUUUAACUUAAGGCAAGAAGUGGUUCUGGCCAAGCACAAUGUAAGAGCUGCUAGCUUAGACUAUUAAAGGACAAGCUAUAAUUCAAGUUUUUUCCGAGCCUUGAUACCCGGGGAAAAUUCCCAUUCCCUGGCCUCUAAGGACAGCCUUGUAUUAUCUUAAUGGAGGGACACAAAAUGGUGUUUUACACGUUAAUACUAGGCAUAAUUUAUUUAUACUGUAAGCAACACUAAAGUUUCACUUUCUAAGGCUAUUUUCAUGAUGUAAAAUUAACAUUGUUUUUGCUCUGAGUUAUAUUAACCUUGAUCUACUCACCUUUGCAUUUUCUUUUCAGCUUAUAAAACUUUGCAAUGGAAUGGUUGAGACAGGAAAACUGUUUAAUACAUCCACCAGGUCAGUCAGAGCUGCACUAUGUACUGUACAGAAGGUUAAAAAAAACUGUAAAUUAUAGCAAGGGUAGCUUAAUUAAGGGUUGUUGUAUGCAUCUCUUUCAUUUUUUGAUCUUUAUUUUUCAGUGGAUUGGUUGGUGGUAUUGACAGUCUAACAAAAUACUUUGAAGGAGAUGAUCUUGUCUCCUCUACUCUUCAAAAGUUCUCGUGGGCAUUAUCAGAGCUCCGAACAUACCUGACAGUAAGUGAGAAUUGAAUGCUGCAUUGUAGCAGUAAUUCCCCGCUCCAGGAACUAUGAAGGGAAUGGGUACAAGCUUUCAGUGCAAUGAUUUCUGGGAUUGUUUGGGUGGACAAGUGUUACUUAUGAUGGGUGGAUGGUAUUCAAGGCAACCAUUAACCAGUUAUACUGGUAAGUAAUCUUUGUCCACCCAAAUGAUCCCAGAACUUGCUGUGCCGAAAGCUUGUACCCAAUCUCCUUACAGUUUCUGGAGUGGGGAAUUCCUUGUGUUGUUAAGUUCACAGAGAGAAUGUGAGGCCACUAUUUUGCAAGGGAAAUGAUAAUAUUACUAUUAUAAAGAAUAAAAAACCUAGAAACUAAUUCAUUUCUAAAAAAGAAAGUUUCUGAUAUUUGGGACAAUAGCAGUAUGGAAUUAGACACUUUUUUUAGCAUAAUUACCUAGCAUACUAGAUAAUUAUUCAUUGUUUUUUCUGCUGGUAGAUUCUUUUGGAGCAAGCGCAGAGGUCUAUAUCCACAACUCUUCAAACUUUUAUAAAACAGUAAGUUACUACACAGUUGAUCUAUUCUCUAAAGUAGUGAUUUGUGCACACAGCAUAUCCAAUGCACAUUGGGCACCCUUUGAAGGUGCAUGGUUCCUAUUUGCACAAGUUGUCCAGAGCUCCAUGUGGGAGGUGUGGCAUGAAUCUGCCAGAAAAUUAGUUUUUCGAUUUUCAUGUCCAGACCUCAUUCCCUUCCUUGACAACUUAUGUGUAGUUAUGUACACGUACCUGCAUGCAUGUACAAGUAUGACUUUUCUCUGGAUAUACCUACAGGAGCUCCAUCGUCCCUUCAUAUCCCCACUGUAGUGGUCCCUAGUAAAAACAAAAGUGAAGACUCAAGCUGUAAUCACUUUUUGACAAUCAUAGUACAAUAAAUUUUACUGGCAACGCAGUAAGUUAGGAUUUUGAACUGAUGCCUUAAUUAAAUUUUUUAAAAGUUGAUUUAAAUAUUUUUUUGUUUGUCACAGAGAAGUAAAGAAGGUGAAAGAGACCAAAAAACUGUUUGACAGAAUCAGUGAUGACCGCGAUAAGUGAGUAUUAUGCAAUAAUAUUCUGUUACAAGAUAAAAGCAAUAAAUUUGUAGUAAUUUUGUUUUUUGGCUGCUCUGCAUUGUUUUCUCUUUCUUUUUUUUUCAGUGCUUUGAGCAAAAAUGCCCAACUUCAGCGCAAUUGUAGGCCAUCAGAGGCUGAAGAGGUACAGUAGAAAUGAAAAAAGGUCUUUUGAGGUCUUUAAAGUCAUCAAUAGAGAUGAGCAUGUUGGAGGUGCCUGUGAGGCUAUCAGAGCCCUUACUGCAGCAGAGUACAAUACAUGUAACCUUAACAACCAGUAACAGUGGCAUCCACCCAGGCACUGUCACUCUUAAACCAGUGUAACCUAACAUACUUACCGUAGGGGGAAGGUUAGGGAGCAGAAAAAUACUGCAAGCACUAGCCACAACAGGCAAUGGCACUUGAAUGUAGUGGCCUUACCUCAAGAAAAUGGCCGUAAUGAGCCCCCUGUGAUGCAAUUAGGACACCCACACACAUCUCCAACAAGAGACAGAUGGCCUGCCAUUGUCUUGAGGUUAACUACACCUAAAGUUCAUUUAUCCACAUUGAGCUGGGGUGUACAUGUAGUUGGCGGAUGGAGUUCUGAAAUGUGAAAGGCUGUGUUAGAAACAAGUCCUAAGCAACUUCUGAUAUAAUGUAAAACAUCUUAACAGGCAGCCAGCUGGUUUUGUCUCUCUUGUAAUAAUUUAGCAUCAUUGGUUUAUUUGGCAGGCAAAGAAUAUCGUGACUGCAAUGCAUUCCUGUUUCAAUCAUACAGCUUUGGAUUAUGCCUUUCAGGUUUGAUAUUAAGCAAAAUUUUUGUUGUUUCAUCCUUACAUUCUAGUUUUUAUUUUUCUUUUGUUUUAUACUUAAUGAUUCACACAGGUAAUCCAAAGACUAAAAGGUAAAAUUUGAACCACAACAUUCCCACCUGGUGGAUCUAAAUGAAAUUUACACAGAAGAGGGGCACUAAAAUUAUUGAAAUAGGGAUGCUUAUUGGAAUAAAAUUCAGGAAAUAAAAUAAUUACUCAUGAUCAUGAAUUCAUACUGAGGGUUAAGAGACAAAGGGCUCUUUCCAUUUGUCAGAACUGACUGGCCAGACUAUAACCAUCGUAAUCAGAAUUUCACUUUUAAUCAAGACUAUCCAGCCGGAUCAGUCAAAUCCUAAAUAGCAAGCAUGAAGGACAAUGUUUUUAAGCCAAAACUCUUGGAAAAAGCCUAUUUCAUUGUCAAAACGACUGGUUUGUCCAUAGUCCAGCUGGUCAUGCAGUUCUGACUUUUGUAAAGUGCCCUAAGAAUCAAACAAGGUUGAAACUACUGUAACACCAAUUUCAUUUUGACCUACAACUUGUUCACCUGGACAUGCACCAGUGAUUAAAUAACAUUUCUUUUGUGUUUUAUUUAAUGUACCUUGCAGAUAAAUAUUUUGCAGUCAAGGAGAAGAAUUGAUGUCCUGGACAAUGUAAGUGAUAAUGUACUUUAGCAACAAGUUGUUAUUAAAUCAUUAAUCAAGGAGAACAUGAACCAACGUGGCAUGACCAUUAUUACAAUAAUGCUUUGGACUCCAAUCACUUCCUGAAAAACAGUGCUAUUACAGAAACUGGAAGUUUUCCAGACUUGGGCAAUCAGCUUGAGGAUUUAUCUAGCAAUGGCACAGAGGUGAAAAUCAGGUAGACAGAAAUCAGCUGAGGUGGAUAUGACAAUGUUGGGUGAAAACAUGCAGGAAGUGCCCUGCUGAUAGUAUCUCUACAUUUAAAAGAAAUUUUAAUGGGGUAAUGAAAUCAGAGAGAAGAAAAGCCGAAAGGUAACUGGAAAACUGCAAGAGUAGCAGCCAGGGGCUUAAACCUGGAGGCAGAAUGUUAUGGCCUUACACAUACCUACUGUUAUAAUGAGCAAGGACAAUGACCAAUAAUUACCAUUACUUUCUUUUUUUUUCAGAUUUUAAAUUUCAUGCAUGCUCAGUCAACUUAUUUUCAUCAGGGAUACGAUCUGAUGAAUGAUUUAGAUGUGUACAUGAAAAAAGUGUCCAAACAGGUAAGUGAAAAAACACAAGAAAGUAUUGUACCCUGUACCUCAACUGGCAAGUUCUUUUUACAGAUGAUCUAAUUACAGAUGACACUUGGUGACUGAGAGAGAGAGAGAUUGUUAGGUUAAUUAAUGGGCUGGUAUUAUAUUGUGUUUAACAGAGACUGCUCAAAGACAUCAUUAAGGAUCAAUAAUAAUGUUAUUCAAUUCUGGCAAGGCAGUUUGUCUGUUACAAAGCAACUGUAUAGUUGCCCGGUCGGAUCAGUUUGCUUUUCUAUAAACCCUGCAAGUAAAAAUUUGAUAGUGAACAUUGAUUAGACUCUAAGGGUUAAGCUUGCAUGCAAGACUAUCACAGAGAUUUGAAAAUAGUGAUUGCUGGUAGAGCUGGUCGCUUGUGGGAACUGGGAAGGGCUGCUUAAUAUGCAACAGCUUACAACUCCGGAACUUAAGGGGGAACAGAUAGAAUUGUACAACAAAUCCAGGUUUAAAACAAAAUGUCUCUGCCCAUUCUGAUUGAAUUGUCUUAUCUCUGUGGAAUGAAGAGACUGUGAGAUUACCUGCUUGCUUGAUUCAACUAGUGUGGACGGUGUUUGAAAGCUUUGCUUCCUGAUCCGUUAGAGAGACCAUACAGAACAUGUAUUGCAUUGACAAAUUAAAUACAUUGAGUGAUGGAAGACCAUUGUCUCUACCACUCUUAUCCAGCCCUCCUUCUCUUUUUUGUAUUAUAUUCUAACUUGAUUUCAUUUUUUUUUUUUAAAUAAUGCAGUUGGAAGAAAUGUCAACCCAGUUUACUGUUGACAAGAAAGAAAUGGAAGAAAGACACACUCUUGUCCAAAAAAUGGUAGGUUUAACCUGUACUUUGUGAGUGGCAAUAAAGAAGCAGUUAUGGAUGUUGAAUGUCAAAACUAUUAUAAUAGAUUAUUGUUGCAUUGAUCAUCCAUUUAUAAAUAGUGAGGUUUAGAAAAACAUUCAAGGGUAUAUUAUAAUGUAUUUUUUUGUAGUGAGGGGCCAAGUCUUGCAGCUUACAUUUUUGAAAGCUUACAUGGGUUGUACGACUCUCUGCAUUUGCGAAAGUCUGCAAAAAAGUAAUAAUUGCCUGGUAUGUAACUUAUCAUUUUUAUUUAUGUAGGAGGAGAGUGGAUCUUUAGGAAGAAGGACCCUUGAUGACCCAAGGUAUAAACAAUAUUCGCCACUUGAUCUGUUAAUAAAAAUGUUACAGUUUGCACUAUAUUAAAAUUUUACUAACACUAGAUAGGGGGGAUGGAUGCUUUUCCAUGUACCGGUAAUUCACACUACAUAAUUGAUAACAACCUUUAAUAAUGACCUUGAAUUUGUUGCCUUGUAUCUUGCAGUGGUUUGGUAAUGGAAGGCUACUUGUUUAAACGCAGUAGUAAUGCAUUCAGGAGCUGGCAUAGGUGAGAAAAAUAAUAUCAGUGUUAAAUGUAUGAACAUCUUAAAGCGUGUUUUCUUAAGAAUCCUAGAACUGGCUCAACUGCUUUGCAUUGAAACUGUUGAAUAGCUUUUUAAACCUUUUUUUGUAGGAGGUACUUUACUGUGCAAAAUAACCAGCUGAUGUACCAGAAACGAUUAAAGGUACUUAAAUUUUGAAUCUCAUCUUUAUUUAAAAUAUUAGUGUUCUUUGUAAUUAAAAUUUGUCUCCAAAAUUGUGACGAUGACGGUGAUGAUGAUUGUGAUGAUGAUGAUGAUAAUGAUGAUGAUAAUCAGGGGUUUCAAUACGUUUUUGCACAAGUGGGUACUUAAAAGUAACAGGCGGGUAGAUUUGCCGAAGGCCCGACUUUGACCCUAGGGGGGUUCAGGGGCAUUUUCCCCUGGAAAAUUUUGAAGUUCUAGACUCUCGCAGAUGCAUUUUCAGGUCUUUUUUUAUUGCUUUGUUGUUUCAUUUUUUUGCUCCUAAGUCAACUAAUUUAAACAAAUUUGAAGAGAAUUAUGUUACAAUGAAGUAGUCACAGUCAAAACGUAUUUUGCCAAAUUUUUUGGCAAGAAUUCGAAGCUGAGAUGAAAUUAUCUGGUCUUAGUUGACGUUCAUGUGAAGGCUCCAAGCGAGUAAUCGGCCUGUUGCAAGCGGGUAGAUCUACCCGCUACCCGGCUACUAUUGAAGCCCCUGUGAUAAUGGUGAUGAUGAUGAUGAUGAUGAUAAUGGUGAUGAUGAUGAUGAUGAUGAUGAUGAUGAUGAUGAUGAUAAUGGUGAUUACAGGGAUAUGCUAGUCAGCUCAGCUUACUCUGUCAUUUCUGUGAUCAAUUCAAUUCGACAUGAUACUACAAACUAAGAGUUCAGCAAAGAGAUGAUGUUAAAAGUUUAUGAAACCGAAUUACCCCUGAUACAUGUCCCCAUAAUAUUCAUACUUGAGUUCCCUCAGAAACCCUCUAUCGAUUAGAGGCUAAACAGACUUCCAGCCGGGGAGGGGAGGGGAGGGGUUUACUUCCUAGAAGUGCUAACAGGUACGUGCUGCUGGAUGGGGGUCGUAUUUUCACACUGAUUGACUUUUAUAUUUCUUUUAUUUAAGAGUUAUAGAAUGGGGUCGCGUUUUCAGGUUUUGGGGUGAAAAAAUUAGGUAUUAGAAAGAUUUACACCACAUUAAAUUUAACAAACAUGUCAGUUAAUUUAUGGAUGACCUGCUCAAAAGGUGUUAUAAGGUAGAUGCAUAAACAGACAGUCACUAAGUUGGGAUCACGUUUUUUCUAAAGUGACUAAGAUGGGGUCUAUAAUAUGGCCACUGUAAUGGGUAGGGGUUCUGAGAGGCUAGUGGUGGCAGAGAGACCCGACAAAGAUUAUCCCAAGUAACCCCCUCCCCCGUCCCUUCCACAGGGGCUUCUAACAAGGUGCUGGUCAUGAAGAAAACUAACAAUGUCAGGGCUUCAUUCAAACAAGCUCUGAUAAAUUAGAUGCUCUACAUAAUUGUAACAUUAACAAUAACAAUAAUAAUAAUAAUAAUAACAAUAAUAAUAAUAAUAAUAAUAAUAAUGAUACAAUGGUAACUGUAAGUUACAUUCUAUAAGCAUUGUUCAAGUAAGUGAAACUGGUGCUGUAUAAAGGUUGCAAAUGGAAGAAAAGAGGUUUGAAACUAAUCCUCGGUUUUAUCGUUCUUACAGGUGCUACAGUGAAACCUUACAAAAUACAAUAUUCAGAGACAUGAUCAAGUUUAUGACAGUGUUCCUACAAUUUGAAUGAAGAAAUAUUUCUGCUUCCCUGUGUACUUUAAUAUUCUUAGAAUAAAAAUAAUUAAAAACGAAAUUAUGAAACUAGAAAAAGAAAUCAAGAAAAUGUGACAUAAUCUUUUUCAAUAAUCGGCAAAAUGACAAUCAUUGGCAUUGCUCAGUUUUUUGUCUCAUCGUUGUAUGUCGCUUAAAUACAUGUACAAAAGAUUAUUGUUGUUCUAUACCAAAUAUGAAUUCUACAAGAUACUAUUAUAGCAUCUAUGAAUAUAAAUAUUCUUGAAAGUUCUCUCGUUCAAAUCGUUACGAUUUUACUUUCACUCUGCUUCACAAAAUAAUCAUUGUUUCUUUAUAAACUUACCUGUGAUUUUUUAAUUGCUCUUCCCUGGCAAGCCUGAUUUAAAAUCUUGCGGGCUUGUUUGAGCUCAAAUAAGAUAUUCGGUCCGUUGUAUCUACUAUUUGGAUUCAUUGCCCACUUGGACUUGAUGUCUCACUCGCAGGAGCUCGAGAACUUAAUACUAAAACAGCAGAAAAACGAUGAUGAUGAUGAUGAUGAUAAUGGUGAUGAUGAUGAUGAUGAUGAUGAUGAUGAUGAUGAUGAUGAUGAUGAUGGUGAUGAUGAUGAUGAUGAUAAUGGUGAUGAUGGUGAUGAUGAUAAUGGUGAUGAUAAUGGUGGUGGUGACAACUAUUAUUAUUCUGAUGGUGAUGAUGAUGAUGAUGAUGUUGAAAAUAUUGAUUUUAAUAUGAUGGUGAUGACGAAGAUUAUGCUGAUGCUUGCAUCAAGCUGAUCUGAUGGUGGUCUGCAGGUGGUACAGGCAUUGAUGAUGAUGAUGAUGGUGAUGAUGACCAUGAUGAUGAUGAUGAAAAUACUAGUAACUGAUGAUGGUUUUAAGACGGAAUCCAUCAGGAAAUUCAGUAAUUUCAAUUUUCAGUGGACAAAAACCGUGUACCAGAAUAAUUUAAACAAUAUCGCAUUCUUUUUUACAUUUUUCAAGGACUAUAGAUAUAAUUAGUUAUCUGUAAUAAUGCAAAGACUAUUUCUCAUGGGAGCCCGAGGGAAAAAAAGGCAAAUUUCACAAUAAUUGUGAAAACACAGGUAAAAUUCUGUAAGUUUCAUGUGUAAGGUUAGAUUUUGUGAAAUUUGACGUGUAUUUUCUCAGGCUCUCGUGAGAAAUUUUUUUUGGUGUUAUUACAGAUAAGUAAUAUUACAUCUCUUGCCCUUGAAAAAUGUAUAAAAGAAUGCGAUAUUACUUAGAAUAAUUCUGGUUAAAGGUUUUUGUCCACUGAAAAUAAUAAUUACUUAAUUUCCUGAUGGAUUCUGUCUGAAUGUUGUUGGUCCAUAAUGAUGAUGAUGAUGAUGAUGACUACUUAUUGUUUUGUAGGAUGACCAGACUGUGCUAGCAGAAGAUCUUAGACUUUGUAAAGUGAGACCUACUGAUGAAGCAAUAGAAAGAAGAUUUCUCUUUGAAGUUAUUUCACCAACAAAGUUAGUACCACUAGGCCAAACAAAUGGUGGUACUUGGCCUGUAGGCUCAGUGGAAAAUAUAUCUGCGUAAAAAUGUUUUUUAAGGCUCUGUAAUGUAAUUUGUUAAGCCAUGGAAUAACUUAAGAGAUCUCAAGAAUUUGCUUGAAUGUGUAUAUACAUCCGUGUUAUAUUUGGAAAUUGAAAAUGUUAACUUUUGAGGAGAGCAAAAACUUGAGUACCAGGAGAAAAAAAUCUUGUACCAAGAAAGAGAACAUACAUAUAAACUAACUGGGUUUCAGCCUCAACCAUCAAGUCAUACGGUUAGCCAUACUUGUGCUCUGUAGGACUCUUGGAUACCCUUAGAUAAAACUGGUUUGUAUUUUCUCAUCUUAUUUUAGGACAUGGAUCCUCCAAGCAGACAGUGACUCUUUAAGGGCUGAGUGGAUGGAAGCUAUGCAGGUUAGUGUAAUGCUAUGACCAGGGCCCAGUUGUUCGAAGGCUGAUUAGCGCUUAACCUUGGGUUAAAUUUAAGCCGGGUUUCUUUUUCUUGUGUUCAAAAGCAUUUUCUCGGAUAAUUUUCUCUGUUAUAUUUAGAGCUUUUAAUCAUCAACUUGUAGACAAAAAGAAUUAAAACUGAAAUGCUUUUUAAGCUUUCAAAUCUGAAUUCAAAUCUUACACUAACCUUGGGUUAUAUUAACCCAGCUUUGAACAACUCGGCCCAGUUGCAAAAGUACUUGAGUCACUGUCCGUAUUUUGGCUUAAGUGGCCUCUCCAUGAUCUUGUGCUUGUGACCGCCCUCCACCCCUUAAUAAAAGUUGCUAGCAAUACAAGGCCAUGCUCAAUACUUGGAGGAACAACUUAGAAUGGAAGGGAGGAAGGAGGUCAGUAUUAUAUCUCACAGACCUGUGUCUAGCAGAGAUUUGGAGCAAGAGAGGUUGUUUUUUCGUUGGAGUGUCUCAACAAUUUUGCAACUGGUUGUAGCUUUUCAGUUGAUCCACUUGAUAUUCUCAGUGGAAAAAAAUAUGGAUGGACUUCGUGCUUGUUUCUAGUACUGAAUGAAAAGUAAUGUGUACAUAUUUUUUUGUGAAUUUUACAGGCCAGUAUAGACAAGGCUUUCAACAGCACAACAACCGGAGAGGCAGACAGCAAUGAGGUAAUAUGAAAUUGUAACUGUCAGAUACCAGAGAAGUAUGGUCAGUGGUUACUUUCCUCUACUGUACAGUUUAAAAAUUGUGAAAUUACAUUACAGAUUAUAUGUUAAAAUUGAAAUUUAGGAAGUUUGUGAGUUUCAGUGACAAGAAAAACCAAUGAGCAAUUAAUUAUAGCACUGUUUGUUGCUGCACAAUGUCAUUAAUUUUUGCAUUUGUACUUUAGAAUGGAUGAAAUCCUUCAAGUCAAUAUAAUUAUAACCACGCAUUCAAAUUUAAUUUAAUAGCUGAUGUGCCUAUAGUUUGAUUUAGUGUGACGCUGUUGGAUGUAAAUGAUUGUUUUUAUUUCUUAAUUAUUGUCUUCAAAACAAUUCACUUCACCUCAUCUCACCUCUGCACACUCUACUGUUAAGUUAAGCAUGAAAGCAUUCACACUUCUCCAACAACUUUAAUGCCAAAUCCUUUGCAAAAGUUCUUACCUAAUCUCAUGUUGCCCAUCCCACCUCUGUUCUCUCCUUUUCUACCCUCCUGUGCCCAAUUUUUCUCUUUCCAUGACGGGUCUAAGACAGUGCUGUGAAACGUUGAUGUCCUGUUUGCGUACACAGCGCAUGUCCAAGCCACCUCCAUUAUCUCCUCUUCAUUUCAAUACCUUUCCUUUCAAAAAUAAUGCUCUGGGAAUAAUUAUGUGGAAGUAAAAAGUAAAAAAAGAGUGAUUUUUUACUCGUGUUUGUAUGUCAUGUUUUUUUGCUCGUUGUUUUUAGACUGACUCUCUUGGCUCGGGGAUUAAGAGCAAAAGUGUGGAGUCUUUAGACAAAAUUGUUGGACCAAAGAGGUAAAUAAUUUAUUGUUGUAGUAAUAUUUAAUAACAGUAAUACCGACAUGUGCCUUGGUGCAGCAAGUCUAAACAAAAAUUAAUUUGAUUUUUUUUACAGCAUUCUGGAGCAAAUCAGGGCAGUUACUGGAAAUGACAAGUGUGCUGAUUGUGGAAGUUCAGGUAAGAGAAGAACAUUAAUUAUAUGUCAGAGGUGUAAAAUCAUUAAUUUUCAGCAAAGCUCUCUCACUAUAUGUGGUCCUAUGUUGAGCAUCUUCAACAACAUCAUAAAUCUUAAAGUCAGUGUACUAGGAAAUGUUCAAACCAUUUACAAAACUAGGAGUAAUCGGUAUGAUAAUAGAAAAAAAUUACAGUAAUGUGCUUCAAAAUUAACUUUAAUUUUUAUUUUUGAUAGCUAGCUUCUCUUUGUCUUACCCUGCAGAUCCAACCUGGGCAAGUACCAACUGGGGAGUUGUGCUGUGUAUAGAGUGUUCAGGGAUUCAUAGGUGCAGUAUAGUAUCACAGACUGUCCAACCAUCCUGAUCUCAUUAGGAUUGCCCCAAUUUUGCUUGAAAAUCCAAAAUCGCGACCAACAUGCCAUCCUGAUUUUGACAUAUGUUGUUUUGAAAUGAAUUCUUAUGAUACUUUUACAAGAACACCUAACACUGAGAGUUUAUACAGAAAUUGUCCUCUUCGAACACUAGAAAUGGCCUUUCAGAGCAAGAUUCCAACACUUUCCACGGGAGCAUGCUCCCAGACCAACAUUCACACCCUCGGCACUCACGUGAUUCGUCAGUGAUAUAAUAUGUAGAUUUUACGUACUCAAAAGGUUGGACAGUCUGGUGUCACCAUUUAUGAUUGUUGUCAUUAAUUUUACUGACUUUUCUUGACUUCUGUUUUUUUCUAGGAGCCUGGGUGUCCAUGUGUCAAAGGUGCGGUCCCUAACGCUUGAUGCAUGGGAACCAGAGCAGAUUAAGGUUAAUAAUUCACACUUGUUUUAAUCUGUUUUUAAUUAAUAAUAAUGAACUAUUAUUAAUGAAAUAAUGAUUAUAAAAUUAUUACUUCAGAGUAUGUACUCAAGUUAGGAUUGCCAAUGCCAAAGCUCAGAAACGCUUUGAAGGUUUUACAUUUUCUACCAUUUAUUUUGGUGCCCAUUUCAAGAGAUGGUCAAGUCUUAGGUGCAGCUUAGCUUAUUGCAUGUGCGAAUUUAUGUAAAUUUUAUGAAUUUAUUCUACUUUGUUCUGUUUUGAGAAAUUUUUCUGAUUACUUAGUUAAAAACAUAUCGUGCAAUAUCCAAGUUUCUGCUAGCAUGAGCACUUUUUGAAGUACUUAGUGAACAUGAGAACUAGUUGACAUUGCAGUCAUAUAUAUGUAAUAAUAAUACUCACUUCAUGCAAAAACAUCCCCUGACCCUCUGAUUUCUUUUUGAAGGAGUUGUUUUUUGCAUUGAGCCCUCCCUUUUUGCAUUUUGUUGCUUACGAUAAUGUGAGCGCUUUUGAACUGCGGAAAUAAAAUUAAUAUCUUUAUUUUUUUGCAUUUUUUAAAAUAAUUUUGCUGUUAUCUUUGAUCUUUUAUAGCUAAUGACUGAGCUGGGGAAUGAGUUGGUCAAUGGAAUCCUUGAAGCAAAAGUUGAUGCUAUGAGUACAAAGAAACCUACUCCACAAAGCAGCAGGUACAUUGUACUGAUUCUGAUGGUUCUCUGUUUGUUUGUUUUGUGCUGUGUUACAUUUUCAUGCGAUGUCAUCCUCUAGGGGUGGAGUGGGUUAGGGUGGUACUUGACCCAUAGGCUUAGCAGUUAGCAUCAUACACACCUGACACUGUCAAACCCUGACUCUGUUAAGUUCAUAACAAUUUUAUGCAUAAAUUUUGCAGUUUACUUAAAAUUACCCAGUAGCACCCUUUUUACAAGUUACUUUGCUGAGUAUUUGGUGAUCUUUGGUUGACAGAGUGGUAUAUUUUGUCUCUGGCUCACAAUCCUCAGUGGCUUACAGUUUGUAACUACAAUCUGUCGAACACUAAUUUUUGUAGGAAACUUUAAAUCAAAAUAAUAUUAAUAUAUUUUUAAUAAUGUAUUGGGCAUUGUGUACUGUUUCAGAGGUGAACGUGAAGCUUGGAUCAAAGGAAAAUAUUCACAACAUAAGUUUGUAUCGCUGGAAAUCUUUCUUACAAAGUGCCAAAAAUUAGACAAAGGAAUGAUAAAAAACCUUGCCAGAAUGAAAGUUUACCAUGAGGAGAAGGGCAUUGAAAGAACUGACUCAAAGAAGAGUAAGAUUCUCCGAAGAAAGCUUGCUCUUAAAGGACAUAAGUCCAAGGCGGACAAGAGAAAGAGUGCUCCUCCAAGCCUGUUAUUAUCUGAUCUUACAACUAAAGACUAUGAGAACUUGGAGAAAAUGGCUUCUAGUUUACUUGAACAAAGCAAUGAUGAAGUUAGUAACUGUAGUAGUGACUCGCAUGAUGACGAAAGACUAGAAGUUGUCUCUCCUGACGACGCUAGCAGACCAAGAGCGUCCUCUGUCAGUGGUACAAGGUCUAUGUCCUUUGAAGAUGGUAGGGACAGAGGAGAUUCUGUUGACUCAAAUUUGAGUGAUGAUGGAUUGCUUGCUAGUGAUAAUAAUGAGCUUGAGGUGGCUGAUGAGGAGAAAAGUUUGAAGGAAGACAAGGUGAAAGCUAUAGCAGUGCUUAAAAGGAUCCACCCUAGUAGGGUAGGUAUAAAAGUGUUUAAAAAGUUCAUCAGUGUUGUUAUUUUAAGCUUCAUCACUAAAUCCACAAGUAUUCAAGAUAAAGCAAACUGUGACAGUGUUCUGAUUGGUUCGCAGAGUCGGAGAGAGGAGCCCAUCUUGUCUUUUUGCCAUUGCCCAUGGUGGCAUGUUGAUCUCACACUUGGUCAAUAAUGCAUCUGUAUUUGUACCCUCAUUAAGUAAAGUAGGUGGUGAGCAGCUAGCAUUAAACACUUCAAACUUCAGACCUGCAGGUGUGGGCUCUAACAUUGCACAUCCUGCAAGUAAAAGUCCUCAUUUUGGCCAGGCACUUGAUCUCAUGCUUGGUCAAUAAUGCAUCUGUAUUUGUACACUCAUAAAAAUUUAUAGCAGCAGUUAACUCUUCGAACUUCAGACCUGCAUUGUUUCCUUAGACAGAAACUUUGCUCCAGUUUCCUCUUAACCAAGGGUCAAAUUCAGUAGAUUUUAUUAUAGUGUUAUUUCUUUUGCUCUUAUUCACAGCUACUGUUUAAAGCUGCAGAGUGGAAAAGUCUGCCUCUGAUGGCAGCAUCCCUGGCUGAAGGUAAAACUUUGUUUUAAAACAGUUUGCUGGGAUUUAAUUACCAGUCAGCUCUUUUGGAUUAUGCACACCACGGUGAUACCAUCUUUAUGGGCAGGCCGGUAUAGAAUUUCACAUAUGUUACAUGUAGUAACAUAUGUUUCAUUUCAAAAGAUUGAGUUUGAUCGUCUGGGUGAACGUAGUCCUGAAUAGGACUGUUGUUGUUGACAGUGACUAACGUUUCGACAACCUGUGCGGUAGUCAUCUUCAGAGUCAAAGUGAGUUGUAUCACGUCAGUUGAUGGUAUUAUAUUCUGGUUAUUGUUCCUAUUUGUCAAUUAUGUCGCGAUGUUGGUCUUCUGUCAGUUAAGCCUUGAUGUUAUUGGCUAUGAAGACUCGUAAUCAGUGAUUGGUGCGUUUCGAUCCAUCUAUUGUCACAGUUAAACAGUCAUCUAUUGUUAGUCAAAUUGUCAGUUGUUCUCUCGUAGUUAGUUUUGUUUGAUACAACUCACUUUGACUCUGAAGAUGACUACCGCACAGGUUGUCGACACGUCAGUCACUGUCAACAACAACAGUCCUAUUCAGGACUACGUUCACCCGGACGAUCAAACUCAACCUUUUGAAAUGACUCCUGGGUUCAAACCUUUCACAGUUAUAUUUUUCAUUCUUGAUGGAAAGCCUUGAACAGGGUUUUUAAACGUUGUCACUGCAUCAUCUUGACUGUGUUGUAUCCUAACAAUUUUUUUCACAUAAAGGCAAUUAAUGCCGUACUACUGUACAUAAUAAUAUGUAAUUAUGUCUUUGCAAAUUGAAAUGAAUAAGGGUCUUGUACAUGUAAAAUGGUUUUUUGUCUUAAACAAGGUUGUGAAGUGAGUGGAUUUUGCCUUAAACAGGUUCAGGGUUUGAAGGUCUUGGCAGCACACCCCUACCCAAACCUUCCCCAUCUCCCUUCCCCCUCCCAUCACCAAAAGCAGACCCCCAUAAAUAGUGGAUACUGCCUCAGAAACUCUCAAACUCCUCCCCUCUCCCCUUGCCACCACCAUCCACCAGCCCUUUGAUUUUUAAUGACAAGAGCCUGUAUCAAGUAGCUGUUACAGGUCAAAUUUGAUUUCAGGUUAAUUUUGAUUCAACCUAGCUUGAUUUUUUUAACCUAGGUUAUUUAUAACGUACUGUUAUAUAGUCAUGCAGUAAGCCAUAUUACUGGUACAUUAUGUUGCGUUUACUUUGCAUUUUCAAUAUUCUUAUCAGGUGCAAAGGUUAACUGGGUAAAUGAAGACGAUGAAUGUAAAACAGCCCUACACCAGUCGAUCCUUGGGGUAAGAUUUUUGCUUGCUUUACAGGCUUCUCUCAUUUUUUAUUAGGAAGUGUAAAUUAAUAAUUGUAUGUACAGUCAAACUGGCUUUAUGGACACUCACUUGAUACAGAUACCUCAUUAUUACGGACAGUUUGCUGUGUCCCUGGGAAAGGAAAGUCCUUGCACUUUCUCUUAAUUCAACUUGCUUAAUACAUAUACCCCGUCUACAUGGCUACUUUUCAUGGCCCCUCAAUGUCACUAUAAGUGGGAUUUGCCUGUACUAAAUAAAAGAAAUAGAGUAACAGAAAGUAUAAUAUAUCCCGUCAAGCACUUGGGUAUUUAAAAUGUGAAAGCUUUAUUAAUUUACACUUUAUUCUUUUCACUGUAAGACGUACAUACUGAUGAAAAGUUUUAAUCUUGUCAAUGAAAAUUUUAUGCUUAUAAUACCAUAACCAGUGCCGGAUCCAGACCUUGAGAAAAGGAGGACGGCCGGUCUCCAAAAAAAAAACAUUUUCGGCCCUUCGUGCCUCGGUUUGGUCUAAAAAUAAGGGAAGACCAGGUCCCUCCCCUGAUCCGCCACUGAUAACCUGCAAUCAGACAUUCUUUCGUGGGUUGAUAGCACAAAAGUUGCCUCAAAAAUGAAAAGGGAAGAAGGUCAGGACCCCCUGAUUGCAGGUUAAUGAUGAUACCACUCUUUACAGAUCAUUUACAGUCAAGGGAAGGGCUAGCUACUUGGCCCUUGUCAUCAGUGACUGUUUUCCUGGUGCAUGUUAUUUUAAAAGCUACUUUCAUUUCAGGGAUCAUUAUCAGCUUGCGAGUUUCUGUUACAAAAUGGAGCCAAGAUUAAUCAGAAGGACAAACGUGGAAGAGGUGCUCUGCAUCAUGCUGCUUUAUUGGGGCAAACAGGGUAAGCAGCUUAUUUGUAUUAUUAUUAAUUAGUGGACUAUCUGAUACAGUCAGGCGUCUGCUAGAAGGUAUCUGAGGGUGCAUUCCUUUAAGAUGAUCUGGAUCAGGAUCAUUGAUCAGAGAUCACUCAGAUUAUGGUUGAUCAAACGAACCCACAAAUCCACUCUGGACAUUAGGAUCCACCAGUUUCUUUUGAUCUACCAUGAUCCAAGUGAUCUCAGAUCACUGAUCCUGAUCCAGAUCAUCCCAAAGGAACGCUCCCUAAAAUCCAAUAAAAUCACAUUAAUAGAAACUUAAAAGUAUCGGUUUUGCAACAUCCACACUUAUGUAACACCACUAAUGUUAUAGACUUAUACAGUUGUAGUUGUCAAUUUAAUGAAGAGUGUGUCCAUGUUAACUCACUAAAAGAAAGCUCCCAACCUUUAAGAUUAAUUUUGAUAUACAAUUAAAACAUUUGUAUUCAUUUUAUUUUUCAGUCCCACACUUCUGUUUUUGAAGCGAGGAGGUAAUCAACAUGAUGUUGAUGAGAAUGGAGAGGUAAAUAUGAGUGCUAUAAUGUUAAAUCAUGUUGUUAACUCAAACCCAAUCUUCAUUAUUUAUCUAAAAAAUUUACUUAAAAUUUAAUUGCCUUUUUUGCUAGGAUCCUCUAACUAUUGCUGUGAAGCAGAUGCAUGCAGAUAUAGUCACUCUGUAAGUACAAUAUUGUUUGGCUUCAUUUCUUGUAGAAGAGAAUCCCUUUGAAGAGGAAAAACCUACCGUAAUGCACGAGCAAAAUGACGAGUUUAUGUGACAACAUGACAAAUGUAGACUGUAGGACGAGAAAAUAACGUGGAUUUGUUUUAGUUAUUUGCUGUAUUAUUCUCGCUUAAAUCUAAGGUAAAUUGACUAAAAUCCAAAAAAAAGUGACUAAAAAAAUAAUGUCCAGACUGUGAUAUUCAUUGUUCAUGGGUAAAAGAUGCAUCCAGAAAUGACCAGUAUCUUACUUGUCGAACAUGUCAUUACAUAAUAAUAAUUUUUUUGUCACAUUAAAAUUCUCAUUUUUCCCGCACACUUGCUUGUUUUUGUCUAUAGAACGAUAGUUCCCAAAAAGUGACAGUGCACUGGAAAUCAUGAUGAAGCUAUUUAAAUAUUUAACAUUGAUUUUUGUAGUUAAGUAAACUCUUACCUAAACUGCUCAUAACUGAAAUAAUAUUAAUUUUAUUUUGUAGGUUAAGACUGGCAAGAUUGAAUGACGAAAUGAGAGAAAGUGAUGAGAUCAGUCGAGGUAAACUGUGUUAAAUAAUUUUUAUGCUUAUUUUUGUCAGUUCUAGAGAAAAAUAAAUGUCUUACUUGCAGUUUGACUGGCCCACAGAUGGGUUGUGCUGGUAAAAUUAAUGGUCUGUGAAAUAUGUGGAUCUUGCACUUUUAAGUUUAUUGAUUAUAAGUGAAACCCCAUAACUGAUAAAAUGAUCGAAAAGGUAUGCCUAUCAACCUACAAAGCAUUUUUGCCUUAUUGCGUGUGUGGCUGCAUGGUAUUUGUCUUCGUUUUUUAUCUAUUUGUGACCCGAAGUUUUGCCUUUAGGCUUGCUCAUGUUAAGGUUAUUUUUCAUGGAGAGUUGAAGUUGCAUUUGUGAUUUAUUGCAGGUGAUAAUACCUUCUUUGAUGUAUUCAGAGAUUUUUCAAACAUGGCCUCCAAGGAACCCGACAGGCUGAAAAGGAAGUUUGACUCAAAAGAUCCAAAUAGGCAGACACCAGUGUGAUUUGACAUGAUUAAAAUUUAGAUCAAAGAGGCGAGAUCUUGCCAUUUGGCAGUAUUACCAACACAUCAGGCACAUCAAUCUAGAUUCCAUGGGUUAAAAGUAAAGAAGUGCUUUUUAGUAGAGUUGAUGUUGACUGUUCUCAGUUAAGGAUUUGGUCCAGAGACUCAAACCUUAAAACCUACCUUGUGCAGUCAGUAAUAGACAGCACCACAGGAAAGUAGUCCUGCAUAGCAGCUUUCAUUGAAUGGUUACACUUUUACUAUUACACCCACAUACUUAAAUUAGUAAAAACCUCCAUUAUCCUAGUAAACGGUACCACAGGAAAGUACUGCCCCCCAGCAGUAAUUUGAAUGGUCAUUAGUUGUGCAAAGAAAUAAUCACUAUAAGAUGAUGAUGAUGAUGAUGAUGAUUAUUAUUAUAGGAAGGCAACAAAAUGCUUUCCAGCAAGUGAUGGUGAUGUUAUUAUUUUAACUUCAAAAGACUACAAACCCUAUUUAGUUGAACUAACUUUUAAUAAUAAUAAUGGUAUUUAAUAUGUUUGGGGUGCAGUGAUUUAUUAUGCAAAAAAGCCAACAGACAAAGCCGAAGCGUCGCUGGAUCUACUUUUUUUUAGUGAUUGAAAUAUUUAUUAUCAGCAAAUUAGAAUGGAACUCAGUCAUAAAUUGAAAAAAGGGCGUACUGUACAGUUUAACUCAUUUAAAUUAAAUUCUAUUUUGGACUGAUGAAUAUGAGUCAGUUUGAAUGAAUAAAAAUUAUUGUACAGGUUACUACUCUGUUUUACAGAAGAUAGCAGUUUUUUGUUAGGUUACGGUCAGUUUUCAUACAUUCAAUGAUAUUGUAUCAUCAGAGUACAGGUGUCAUUAAUAAAAUCUGAGACAUAGAGACCUUGAUCAAGUUUGAGGCUAUGCUGGAAAAAGUUUAAGUAAAAAGAAAAAAUUUCAGUAUCCAGGAAACUGACAAAAACAAAACAUAAAAGUUUGUCACAAAAUGGUUCCUAACCAAACAAUAAAUCAGGAAACAAAUUAAUGGCCCUUAACCAAAACAUAAAUCAGGAAACAAAUGGUUCCUUACUGAAACAUAAAUCUGAAAACAGAACAAUAAAUAGACCACAAGUUGGUAUUUUACUGCAGAGCAACAAUAACAUUCAGAAAUUUCACGUCAUCUUCUUUCUAAAUAACAUAAGAGCACAAGGAUUCUGUGAAAGGAUGCUUCUGCAGUGAGACUUUAAAGUACAUGGAAGUAAAACAUGAAGUGCACAUGAUAGACUUGAGUAUUAAUAGAAGCUGCAAUAGAAGGCAGUAUCUGAAAUCAAAUUCCCAUCAUAAAGAGGACUUCACCUUGUUGUUAGCUUGUAAAUUUUUCAUUUGUUUAUCUUGUUAGAUUGUUUGUUAUUUUUUUAAUACUGUCUCUACAGUUAAUAGUUUUGUAAAAUUAAUUCCUGUUUUCUUUAAAAGUUUUUUCCUAUAAGUUUGCCUAGUCGCUGGGCCUUAUUAUUCCACAUUGCUAAUGCAUUUUGUGAAGGCCUGGGGAGAUGCUGUGAAGGAACUGGGAGAGUAUUAAUUAUGAUGUUUAACUUAUAAAAAAAAAUUAUUGUGAUCUAUUGAAAAUGAACAGAUGAGUAUACGGUUUGAAAGCUAGUCGAAAUCAAAUGUUUGAUAAGUCAGAACAAGAUUCUUCUGUUUGGCAUCGAAUUGAAAAACUAUCUAAGGAUAAUUAUAUGGCAGCUGUUAGAUUACAAGCCAGGGCUCAAAAUGAGGGUUGGUCAAUGGGCAAUAUCGGGCCAAAAACUUUAUUUGCUGUUCAUGUUGAUGAGUUACAUACACUCUCAUUAUUAAAUAAACGUCCAAAUCCUCACCUGUAGAUUUUACAUUUUCUCUUAGUAACAAUACAAUAAUGUUCACAAAUAGAAAAUUACACCAGGAUUAGUUAGCUUUUAUCCAAUACUGAUUUUGACUGGUCAGAAACGAGACUUGAUCGGACAAAUUUUUAAUUGGCUGUCAUCAUGUCCAGCCACCGUCCAAAAAUUAUUUUGAGCCCUGCAAGCUGUCCUUUGUUCAUAGAAUGAAUCAUCACUUGACAUUAGUAUGUAAAUUUUAAGUGAGGAAAUUUAUAUUGUUUUAGGAAACUUACUGUUAAAUGAAAGUUUUCUUGUACAGCACGAAAAGCUAUACACACUAGAAUAAUAAAAUUAUUAUUACUGUUAAAAGUAUCAAUAAUAAUGGUAUGUACAGAUAUGGAAUAAUUUGUUUUUUCAAAUAAAAGCUGCC